CAACCGUGCAACUCCUUCCCCCCGGUUCAAUAAUGGAACAUCUUUGCUAUUCUUACAUAUCUAUAACAUGGCUCCUGCGAUAAGCCCACAAAGGCAAACCGGUCAUCCGCGAUGUACCUCUUAUCUGCAGCCUCCAUUCUCUCUUGUGUUGUAGUGGCUUCCUGUGGACCUGCUCAACAUCCCCUACCAGCGAAUAGCAGAUAUUUUGACAUACAGGGCCAUCGCGGUAGCAGAGGCGAGGCGGUCGAAAGCACACUCCCUGCUUUCGCUUGGGGCCUCAUUGACGGCGUCACCACCUUAGAACUAGACAAUGGCAUCACAAAGGAUGGCGUUGUGAUAGUGUGGCAUGACGAGGAAAUUACUCCGGAGAAAUGUAUAGACACCGCUCCUGUCGUGAAAGACGAUCCCGACUUUCCAUAUGUAGGGAAACCUAUCGCCAAGCUUACUUUGGCUCAGAUUAAAACAUUGGACUGCGGCUCACUACGCCUGCCAAAUUACCCUUUGCAAUUAACGUAUCCACGCACAAAGAUCUCAACACUUCGAGAAGUAUUUGAAUUUGUAGACUGUGUCGACCCCAUGCAUCAAAUUUUGUGGAACAUCGAAUCAAAGGUCAAUCCCGUGCACCCCAACAAGACGCGAGGUGUCAAAGACUUUGUCGAGAAGCAACACAAGGAGUUUAUUUCAAGUCCUUAUCCGUUAUCGCAAAUCACAUAUCAAAGUUUUGACUGGAGGACCCUCAUUGCGAUGAAGGCACUUGAGCCCCGUAUUGCAAUUUCUGCAUUGAUCGACGUAUCCACUGCGACAACGGCGGACAACAGUACCUCUCCGUGGCUAGCUGGUCUUCGCCUAGACGAAUUUUCGGGUUUGAGUCUGGGAGUCCGAAUUGCGAACGCCGCAAGCUUUAUUGGAGCGCAGAUUCUUUCACCGGCAGCUGUGGAUUACACAGGGCCUGAAUACGCUCUCUUUACGACGAAGGAGAUGGUAAGAAGAGCACACCAAGUGGGAAUGAGUGUCAAACCAUGGACGGUGAACUCCAUGAGUAUUGCAGAGGAUCUUAUGGAUUCAGAGGCCGUGGAUGGGAUUAUCUCGGAUUAUCCGAGUAAUAUGCGACGUUUCAUAAAACAGCGAGGACUUUCUGUUGCUCCCAAAUUUCCGAAGAAGAGGGUGUAUGAGUGUUUAGACCAACAUGUACAGAGGACGUGAAAUAAAUAUUGUGUAUACCC